AUGGAAAGGUUUUCGGAAGAAACUGUGAUGUCUUUGACUGAGGAAAGCAACAACAUGUUUCAUAAGCUGUAUAAUCAAGGAUGCAUUUCGAAAGACGAAUUUAAGUAUUUUUCGUACGAUUUUAAAAAUUCGUGUGCACUGGGGAGGCUAUAUCUUUUACCUAAGAUUCAUAAAAGGCUUCGAAAUGUACCCGGACGUCCUGUUAUCUCUAAUUGUGGGACUCCUACAGAGAGGGCGUCUGAAUUCUUAGAUCACCAUCUUAAACCCAUAAUGAAAGCAGGGAAGUCCUACAUUCGAGAUACAGGACAUUUUUUGGAUAAAUUAAAAGAAAUAGGUAAAGUUCCGGAAAAUGCAUUGCUUGUAACUGCUGAUGUUACAAGCCUCUAUCCCAGUAUCCCACACGAGGAUGGUCUGCGAGCACUUCACACCAAGCUAGAGGAAC